GGGGUACUGAGAUGCGGAGACCUCCCAGUGCCUAGAAGGGCCGCAGGCGCAAGGAAGGGGAGCAAAUCACAGCUGCAGUUCGCCGGCUUUGUUCCGAGGACUGUGUGUGGUUCGGUGAGGGCUCUGCGGCAGCCAUCUGAACACCGGGCUCCAAGAGCGAGGUGCAUGCUGCCUCCCUAGAUCCCGGGGGUGCCUGCCUUUGUCCAGCAUCUCCUCUGCAUGUUGGAAGAGUGACGGGACCCGCCAAGGCUAUCCGGGUUCAGGUCGCUCCAGGCUCUCCCAGGACUACCUAACCACGGAGUGUUUGGCUGCCUUCGCCAGUCCAAACCCAGCUGUGUCACCAGUGAGGACACUGGUGUCGGGAGAAGUGGGUGCCAACACUCAUGUCACAGCCUAGUGUGAGGAUCAGAGGACGUCUCUCCUUCCACUGUGGGAAGUGAUUCAACUAAGGUCAUAUUUAGUGAUUCAGAGCCUGUCAAGAACUUCUGCACUUAACCCGAGGAGGAGGCAAUCAGGCAGAAUUUCUGCUGGGCAGAUCCUUUGGAGUGAAGCUACUGUGCACGAUGAUGAGGUUCUCUGCCUUUGAACACUUGCCCUUCUACACGAGACCCCGUGAUCUACUACAUCUUGUCUUUGUUGAAUAAUUCUUACCCUGUUGCUGACAAACUGGGACCUGUACACUUUCUCUUUCUCCUGUCGGAUGGUGAAAUAAACUGAGGAGGUAUUGAUUCUAAAGCGUCAUUCCUGAAAAAUCAGAAUCACAUUUUACCCUGGGGAAUUCCACAUAGUGCUGCCAAGGAAGUAAAAGAAUUAAAAGGAAAAGAUGAGACUGGAAGAGCUACUGGAAUGCCCCCAGCGUGACAAGAUGAGGAGAAAGACGAGAAAGCUCAAACGCAAGGCAUUUGAAGAUAGUAAAUCACCCACAGAAGGGAGUGACCAAGAACAUGAAGAUGGUAGUAGUCAGUGCUGUGACUCUCCAACACACAAGAGAGGUCAUGGUGCAAAGAGACCGUAUGUGUGUACUGAGUGUGGAAAAGCCUUUAGUCAGAGUGCCAACCUCACUGUGCAUGAGCGAAUCCACACAGGAGAGAAGCCUUAUAAGUGUAAGGAGUGUGGGAAAGCCUUCAGUCAUAGCUCCAACCUCGUGGUCCAUCGGAGAAUUCACACAGGCCUGAAGCCGUACACGUGUAGCGAGUGUGGGAAGUGUUUCGGUGGUAAGUCACAUCUCAUCCGGCACCAGGGAAGCCACAGCGGAGAGAAAACAUACGUAUGUAAGGAGUGUGGGAAAGCCUUUAGUCGGAGUUCAGGACUUAUUUCUCAUCACAGAGUUCACACUGGCGAGAAGCCCUACACUUGUAUUGAGUGUGGGAAAACAUUUAGCAGGAGUUCAAACCUUACUCAACAUCAGAGAAUGCACAGAGGAAAAAAGAUUUACAAAUGUAAAGAGUGUGGGAAAACAUGUGGUUCUAAUACAAAGAUUAUGGACCAUCAGAGAAUUCACAGUGGAGAGAAGCCCUAUGAGUGUGAUGAGUGUGGAAAAGCAUUCAUCUUGAAGAAGGCUCUUAAUGAACACCAGAGACUUCAUCGUAGAGAGAAACCUUAUAAAUGUAAUGAGUGUGGGAAAGCUUUUACUUCUAACCGAAACCUUAUUGAUCAUCAGAGAGUUCACACUGGAGAGAAGCCUUAUAAAUGUAAUGAAUGUGGGAAAACCUUCAGACAGACUUCUCAAGUUAUUCUACAUUUGAGAACCCAUACUAAAGAGAAACCCUAUAAAUGCAGUGAGUGUGGGAAAGCCUAUCGUUAUAGCUCACAGCUUAUUCAACAUCAAAGAAAACAUAACGAAGAGAAAGAAACCUUAUUGUUUGUGGGCCAGGUGUGAUGGCACAUGCCUUUCAUCCCAGCAUUUAGGAGGCAGAGACAGGGAGAUCUCUGUGAGUUCUAGAACAGCUAAGGCCACACAGUGAGACCCCUGUCUUAGAAAAAAAGGAAAAUUGGCUCUAAGGCUAAUUGCUACUUUUCUGAAAAUUAGAUUUUUAGUAACAUUAAAUUUAAUUCUGCUUCUAAGAAUCCAUACAGGGAAAAUAAUAAGUGCUAAAGUUUAACAAAAGGGAUAUUCGUGCCAGCAUUAUACAUAACUGAAAGGGAGAAAAAAACGACCAUAGAUUAUUUCAUGUGCGGGAUGAAACAAAUGAUACAUCUAUUCAGAGUAUGCCUCUGAAGCCAGUCUGUUUUUAAAGAAUUUUUAAUGUGUGCCAUGGGGGAAAUUUUGAAGAAAAUGGAAAAUGAAAGAAUAAAAUAUCCAGAUAAAAUAUUUCAGGUUUUUCAAGACAGGGUUUUUCUGUGUAGCUUUGGCGCCUGUACUGGAACUCACUCUGUAGCCGAGGCUGGCCUGGAACUCACAGAGAUCCGCCUGGCUCUGCCUCCCAAGUGCUGGGAUUAAAGGCGUGCGCCACCACCGCCGCCCUCAGAUAAAAUAUUUAUGCCUAGGAAAAACAGGGAAAGUGAAAGAGGGCCAAACCUAAAUUUCAGCAGUGGUUAUCUCUGUUAAUAAGUUGUAGGUGAUUUCUAUUUUCUCCUGUGUACUUUGCUAGACUUUCUAGAUUUUUUUACAAUUAGAGUGUUACUUUCUAAGAAAACAGUAUAUUUUAAAUAUAAUGAGUACGUUCUCAUUUUUAUUCAGUGGUGGUAAGAAAAGUACCUAUUAUGUAGUCUUAAAAAGCUUUCACCCUAAUACUGGCACUCCACUUCUUACUAGUAAAACCAGUGCUGCCUUUUGUUCUUCGUAGUUUUAAGGUAAGUUGACUCUAUAAUCACUGUUAGGUUAAAAGAACACAGCAAAGGACAUUAGUUCACCUUCUUUUCCCGCAUAGUAGAGUAAUCAUCCAUGAUGGACAGCUACCCCGAGCUCCAUCCUUCCAGCAAAUAUCUAGACAAUUAGGAAAAAAAUUUUCUUUUAAUGGACUGGAGAAAUUGUAGGCUCAAAAAAUAGGAAGUGGAGAAUUUUGCCUUCAUCGUGUUAUUUGGAGCUGAGUGGGUGAAAUACAGUUAGGUUGAGAGACCUAUGUCCUGAUCCACUUGCUGAGUACCAGCUUAACUACUUUGGACACAUGACUUCACUGCUCAGAUUUCUGAUUUACCUCAAAGGAUUGCUGUGAGGAUUAAGUGAGAUGAUGCCAGUGAUGUAUGCCAGGACUGGUACAUGGCAGAAACAGAGCUCCAGUGAAGGUUAGUGGAGUCAUAUUUCUAAACACUCCCAAAAGAAAAUAACUUAAGAGAUAUUUAUUAUUUAGCAUAUUUUUGGGUGUAAUUAACAAGAUUCCAAGUAAUAAUAACUUUCAUCUUUAAAAUGUAGUUGUUUCUGAAGAGGUCAUCUAGAAUUAAGCAGCUCAUCCUUUGUUUUUGUAACUCAGCAGUUGGUCAGAUUUGCAAAAACUCCAUACGUUCUUCAUCAAAUUGCUUUUAUUGUUCAUUAUCUCAUGGUUGCAAGCCAAUGGCCACUUGCAGUCUUCACACAGCUUCCCCCAAGAUAGGACUGGAGGAAAGGAGCAGAACAUGCUUCUAUAGUUUAUUACUAUUGAAAAAAAUGUUUCCCCAAAGUGGGGGCCGAAUGCUGAUUAAUUAAUUAAUGUGACAAAUUUGACUGGAUUCCCAACCCCUGGGGAAUUGAACCUAGGGCCUCACAUACUAGCCAAGCACUGUACCACUCAUUUGUAACACCCUGAUCUUGAUGGCAAGCUUUCAGGAAGGUAUUAGCCUAUCUUUAGUCACUAUCAAAAAUUUUCAUUCCUUAGUUCAAAAUCUACCUAACUAUAUUUAGAAUCUCCCAUUACUAAUUCCUCCUGUAUUACAAUAAAUUCCUUAAGUCGA